CGGAUGUGGCCGCGCUGUGCGUUGGCAAGUGACGGCGCGGAGACUCGGGGCGUCGGGGCGCGGCCGGCGGCCCCGGGCGGAUGGCGCAGGGCUGGGCCGGCUUCUCGGAGGAGGAGCUGAGGCGGCUGAAGCAGCGCAAAGAUCCCUUUGAGCCACAGCGUCGGCUUCCCGCCAAGAGAGACCGCCAGCAGCUUCCUCGGGAGAGAGCCCCAUCCGCGCAGAACGAGCGGCAUCUCGGUGUUCAGCAUGGAGGAGGCGCCGCCCUGCCAGAGCAGCUGCCGCCUGCCCCCAAACAGAAUCUCUGUCCUCAGCCUCCCCAUUCUCCUCCCCCUGUUCCUGCGAGCACUCCCGCACUCCCUGCCAGCACCGGGGAUGGAAACGCCCAGGACCGGGGGGCUCGGGGCCCAGAUCUGGGACCCACAAAUUCCCACGAAGGUCCCGGAAGUGCCGAGGUUCGCCCCCCACAGCCGGACGGCAAGCUGGAGACAAAGAAAGUGGAAUUGCAAGAAAAAUCCCGCUGGGAAGUCCUCCAACAAGAGCAGCGGCUGAUGGAAGAGAAAAAUAAACGUAAGAAAGCUCUUUUGGCUAAAGCUAUUGCAGAAAGAUCGCGCAGGACGCAGGCUGAGACCCUGAAGCUGAAGCGCAUCCAGAAAGAGCUGCAGGCGCUGGACGACAUGGUGUCGGCCGAUAUCGGGAUCCUCCGGAACCGGAUUGACCAGGCCAGCCUCGAAUACUCGGCCGCGCGGAAGCGCUUUGACAGGGCGGAAGCGGAGUACGUGUCGGCCAAGCUGGACCUGCAGCGCAGGACGGAGACGAAGGAGCAGCUGACAGAGCACCUGUGCGCCAUCAUCCAGCAGAACGAGCUGCGCAAGGCCCGGAAGCUGGAGGAGCUGAUGGCCCAGCUGGACGUGCAGGCCGAGGACCCCGGGGACAGCGGGACUCCGGGGGAAGGGCAGGGCGAGUGUCCCCGGCCAGAGCAGACGGCCCCCGAGGCCGCCCCUGAGACCCUCCCCGCAGCCCUGCCCACAUGACCCGCCCUGCAGGACCAGCGCCUCCCUCAGAGCCACCCCUGCUGGCGUCCCCCCUGAGCUGGGGUUUGCCUCGACCUUUAACCACCCCCAAAGUCCCGCAUUGUCCUCGUCGGCGUCGGUGGCACCGGUCACCUGAGCUUGGGCCCGUGUCUUCAUUGUCCCUUUAUGGCUGGGCAGCUGCGCAGGGUGAAGGCAGAGGGCCCUGGGCGAGAGGCUGGGAGCCAGGCAGAUACCAAAGGGGGGUGGGCAGGAGCCCCACUGCGGGACGGGACAGAGGGAACCCCUCCGGGGACGAGCUCCAGGGGGGAGCAUCUGACUUGUUUGUGCAAGUGAAAAGACACAAAAAUUAAGGUAACAGGGCUGGAGCGACAGCACAGCCGGGAGGGCGUUUGCCUUGCACGCAGCUGACCUGGAUUCGAUCCCCAGCAUCCCAUAGGGUCCCCUGAGCACCGCCAGGAGUGAUUACCGAGUGCAGAGCCAGGAGUGAGCCCUGAGCAUCUCUAAAUAUCCAAAAAGAUAAAUAAAUAAACAUCUCCGUAGCCGUCGGCUGCAAGUGAUAUUGAAAGUAUUCUUGCUACUUUGGGGUAAAGAAUUGACCUAUUUUUCUUUCUAAAGCUGUCCGUAAAUAAUGUAUUUUAUAUAUUGGAUAUAAAGUCCCCUUGCAAAGCAUUUAACUUGUUAUGAUGAUGGUUUUUCUUGGUGUUUUAAUAGCUGUUAAUGAUCACUGUUACUAUUACUAAUACUUGACAUUACUUGGUGCUAUAUAGGAGCAUUCUACUUUUUCCACAGAAUCUGCUAAAACUGCUUUUAAGUUAUGUCUUGUUUAUUGGAAAUGCAAAAGAAAAAAGGAAACUUAACAAUUUAAGUCUUAAAAACUAAAGACUUAAAAACUAAAAUCUUAAAAACUUAAGAGCUAUUGUAAGACAGCUGGAAAAUGCAAACUCCAUGUAAUAAUCACAUUGAGACGCCCUAUUUUUAAGUAGGUUGGUUUGACAGGACGAUCUUCCAGCCACAAGGAAGAUUUGUAUUUAUUUUAAAAAUUUUUUAAAUUUUAUUUUUACUCUGUGUCUGAGGUUUAUAUUUUACAUGUCAUUCAUGCUGCCAUUAUAGCCUUUCCUCGCCGACUCCCCUGAAGAGAGCCACUGACAGCUGCAUUUAUAUUCAUUGCCAGAACCUAAAAAUUUCAAGUUCCAUUGUUGAAAUACACUUUUUAUUCU